AUGCCACCCUCCGCCGUCUUCUCGUACUGGCGGCGCGACCACCGCCGGUCCAGUGCGACCCCGAAACUGGCCCCCGCGCUGGCCCCGGUGCCGACCAUCCAAAGCACCCCCGCCGAUGUGCCCACGUCUGUGGGCAGCUCCCCGGCGCAUCCAGAGGGCUCGAGCCCGCAGACGCCGGAAUACUCCCCCGACGCGGACGGGGAGAAGCUGAACGUCACCGUGUCGACGGCGGCCAUCCCGCCGCCGUCGUCCUCGUCCACCAAUCUCGCCGUCCCGUCCGCCACGUCGGAGAUUCGUCCCCAUUCGAGCCCCGAAGAAGAACGCGCACGAGAGGUGCCGCUCACCGCCCAGUCCAACCACUCGCAACCGUCCUUCACCGUCCCACGUUCGACGGACCAGACCGAUGCGGAGUCGUCCAAACCGAGCUCGCCCUUCCGGCUGUCCUUGGGGAAGAGUCUGCUGCAUGCGCAUCACCAACCCUCCGAUUACCAUUCCAAACGAGCGUCGACCCCCGCCAUGACCCACACUAGCCACUUCCGCUUCAAACCCGCGCCGGACGAUGCCACCAUCGACAAAGCCAACGCGGGACACCGAGAGUACAAGAAGGACCGGGCGGAUGGCGGGAACGGCGGCCGACGGCAGGGCGACCGCGAGGUCUCGGGGGACCACGCCUCGCACAAGUCGGGGAAGGCGAUGCUGCAUUUGUUGAACCCCAUGUCGCUCCUGGCCCGGAGACGGUCCUCCCACCUGGCCCACCUGCGGACGGAGGACACCGCCGCGGUCCCGGCCAUCCCGGACGACUACGAUCCACGGAUUCGGGGGAAGAUCGACCAGGUGUCGGCCGCCCGAUUGUCGGACCGCGACGCCCCGAACUACGCCCCUGAACAGGCGAGAAAACGGCAGAGUGAAUACGCCCCCGUUUUCAAGGAGCAUUUCGAGGACGACCGCCCGGUGUUGCAGGUGGAGAACAAGGCCUACCUGCAAUCGUCACUGUUGACGAACCCGGCCGCGACCGACCAGGACGCCCAGGCAAUCCCCGCAUUUGCCAGAAAGCUUCCCGCACAGGUCCCCGCGGACGAACCCUCGUCGGACAAGCUCCCGUCGGACAAGGGGUCAUCGGACAAGGGGUCAUCGGACAAACCCCCAUCGGACAAUGCUCUGGGCGCGUCAAACGAAGACAGACCCCAGCAGCACGUGCGCGAUGCGGACACCAUCGACAUCACCCCCCAUCAACCACUGGGCGUGCCCAAACACUGCAAGAGCAAUGCAUCCCGGUUCAGCUUCGACAUGGACGCCGUGGAAUCCGAGACCCAGGAAAAGCUGCUGGAGGAGAAGCACAAGGCCAAGGAGGCAGCGCGGAAGGCCAAGGCGCGCAUGGACGGCGACUUCAGCGACGCCGAGGACGACUAUGACAACGAUCUGUUCGACGACUUUGACGGCCUGGAGGAGAAGAUUCCGGGAGUGAACGUGGACGACGAGGAGGAUGGGUACGACGACUUUCCCGCCCCCGACGCGUUGGCGAACAAGUCCUGGCUCGCGCCGGGCUUGUCCCCGGUGGUGGCCAGCCCCAUUAGUCCGGUCGGACCCGGCCUGCCGCCGGGGGCGUCUCUGUCGACCCAUGAUUUGGUGCCGCCCCGCCCGCCCCCAGAUGUGCGAGACUCCACCGGACCACCGACGGAGGCACCGCAGAUCCCAAUCGGUCUCCCGCCGAGCAACCCACAGCCCCUGGUAGACGACGACGACGACAUGUACUUUGACGACGGCGAGUUCGGUGAUCUCACGGCGGACGUGGGUGGUGGGGAGACGUUUGACGAGUCCAUCUUCGAUGACGAGUCGAGCCAUCUCUACAGCCGCAAAACGGCCGCCGCGCAGCCCCCCGUGGCGCCCGCCGAGGACCGGGACCCGGCACCGGCGCCGAUGGAGAUCCUCUCCGAGCUGGACGAAUUGGCUCUGGACACCGAAGAACGUACCGACGGCCUGAAGCACAUGCCGAGCAUGGCGAGCGACUAUCGGGGCCUGGGGUCGCGGCGCGUCGGCCGCGGCCCGCCGUCGCUGGAUCCGGCCAAGGCGCAGGGCGGCGUGCUGUCCGAGCACAACCUCGAGGCGUUGCACCACGCGCUCGCCGCGGCGGCCAACCAGGCGACCCGCGACGGACCCCGGGGGCGCGCACCUCCCCCCAACGCUGGGGCACCCCCGGCCCUGGGGGCGGACGACGGGGCCUUUGAAGACCUGGACGCCUUUGAGGACCUGGACGACGACGAUUUCGACGCGUCGCUCUACAACGACCCCAUCAUCGCGGCGGCCAACGCGGAGGCGCUGGAGAACGACGACGAGGGCUUCUACGGGCAGGAGUUUGGGUUCUACGCACACGCGCACGGGACGCAGACGACGCAGCUGACGAGCGGCGGGUACUUUGGCCCGCGCACCCUCGAGGGACUGACGCGGAGCUACAGCAGCCGCGGGACGUUCCGGGAACCGAGCCUGACGCCCAUCACGGAGCGCAGCGAGUGGAGUACGCGCAACUCGGUGAUCUCGCUGCCGCCGCACGGGGCGGGAGCGCAUUCGACCCCGUCGCUGGCGAGCCCGGGGUUGGCACAGCUGGUGGAUCUGGGGCCGCGCGAGGACGAGAUGACGCUGAGCGCGCUGAUGCGGUUGCGGCGUGGCGCCUGGGGCGGCAGCAACGGGAGCCUGCGGAGCAGCAGUGCCAGCCCGCCGCCGCACCCCCUACACGCACCGCACGCGCCGCACGCGCCGUCAUCGCACCGAAACAGUUUCACGGGGCUGUCGGACGUCAGCCCGACCGUGCACAGCGUGCCGCCAGACCUCCCGUGGGGGUCCAGCAGCACGAGCGAGUCCCCGCGAAAGGACCCUGAGACGAGCGGCGGAUCGUCUCCGCCGCGUCGCGUGGAGUCGUCGCCGAUCCGGGGCGCAUGA